AAGCAGAGAAUCCCACUCCCGUCGGUACUACGUCACUGAUGAAUCUCCUCUCUCUAUAUAUCCAUUAUAAAAUAUUCCUAACGCAACCAUACUCAAUUAUUGAUUUAUUUCCCACGAAGUCAGGGACGAUAGAUGAUGGUGAUGAUGAUACGCUACGUCGCCGGUGCACUCUUCCUCACUGCACUCUCGAUCCUGACCGUUGCCGACGGACGGCAUGAUUUCAUCAAGCUCCCCUCCGACGGAACCGCCGGAGCAGACGAUGAUUCCGUCGGCACCAGAUGGGCUGUCUUACUGGCAGGGUCGUCCGGUUACUGGAAUUACAGGCACCAGGCUGAUAUCUGCCAUGCAUAUCAAAUCUUAAGGAAAGGUGGUCUGAAAGAUGAAAAUAUCAUCGUCUUUAUGUAUGACGACAUUGCCUACAAUAUCGAGAACCCGAGGCCAGGUGUCCUCAUUAACAGCCCUCACGGUGAGGAUGUCUACAAGGGAGUCCCGAAGGAUUAUAUUGGAAACGAUGUUACACCAAAUAACUUUUACGCUGCGCUUCUCGGUAACAAAACUGCACUGACUGGAGGUAGUGGAAAGGUUGUAGAUAGUGGUCCGAAUGAUCAUAUAUUCGUAUUUUAUUCAGAUCAUGGCGGUCCUGGAGUUCUUGGGAUGCCUACAAGCCAUUACAUAUAUGCGAAUGAUCUAAUCGAGGUCUUAAUAAAGAAGCAUGCUUCUGGAACAUACAAGAAAUUGGUAUUUUACCUCGAAGCUUGUGAAGCUGGAAGUAUAUUCGAAGGUCUUCUUCCAAAAGGGUUGAAUAUAUACGCCACAACUGCGUCAAAUGCUGAAGAAAGCAGUUGGGGUACAUACUGCCCUGGAGAUUACCCAAGCCCUCCCCCCGAAUACGAAACUUGCUUAGGCGACCUUUACAGCAUUGCUUGGAUGGAGGACAGUGACAUUCACAACCUUCGGACUGAAACUUUGAGCCAGCAGUACGAAUUGGUCAAGAAACGAACAGCAAAUGAAAAUUCUUAUUACGGUUCCCAUGUUAUGCAAUAUGGGGAUGUGAAACUAAAUGCAGAGAGUCUUUUUACGUAUUUGGGUACAGAUCCUGCAAAUGAUAAUCUUACCUUUGUGGACGAAAAUUCUCCGCUUCCAUCUUCGAAACCUGUUAACCAACGAGAUGCUGAUCUUCUACAUUUCUGGCAUAAGUUCCGCAGAGCACCUGAAGGUUCUGACAGGAAAUUUGCAGCUCAAAAGCAACUCUCCGAAGCUAUGGCACACAGAACACAUGUUGAUAGCAGUAUUAAACUUAUCGGGAAACUUCUUUUCGGAAUUGACAAGGGCCCACAAAUGCUGAAGGCCAUGCGACCUUCUGGGCAGCCUCUUGUCGAUGAUUGGGAUUGCCUUAAAUCGCUGGUUAGAACAUUUGAGACUCAUUGUGGAUCACUAUCGCAAUACGGAAUGAAGCACAUGCGUUCUAUUGCCAAUAUCUGCAAUGCCGGUGUGACGAGAGAGCAGAUGGCUGAGGCAUCUGGCCAAGCCUGCACUAGCUUCCCUUCUAAUUCUUGGAGCUCUCUACAUAGGGGCUUCAGUGCUUGAUCGGCACUUCAAAAUCGGGGAAAUUCCGGAUAUUUGAAAUAUGAUCUCGUAUAUAUUGUGAAGUUGGAUUUUAAUUUAUGUGGAUAUAUGUAAGAAAGAAAAUGAUGUUUGUUACCAUUGUUAAUAUGGUGGGUUUGUUGUAUAUACAUCCUCAAAAGAAACAUCACUGCUGGGAAAGUUUGUUGUAAUAUAGGUAUAUGUGUUUGUAGUUUUCUUUGUUCAUAUUGUACUUUGGUUGUAUUGUUAUUGUAUGAUGAAAUAGUUUGGAACUGAAGUAUCUUCAAUUUAAUAGUUUGUAUAUUCUAAGAAGAAACUUGCCUUUGUAGAU